AUGAAAAGGAUCCCGUAUGCUUCGGCUAUAGGAUCUAUUAUGUAUGCCAUGAUCUCUACUAGGCCAGAUGUGGCCUAUGCGUUUAGCAUGACAAGCAGAUUUAAGCAAAAUCCCGGUGAGGAGCAUUGGAAAACUAUUAAGACUAUUCUUAAGUACCUUAGAAGGACUAAAGAAUAUUUCUUAGUCUAUGGUGGACAACCAGAGUUAUCAGUUACUGGGUACACUGAUGCUAGUUUCCAAACAGACCAUGACGACUAUAAGUCUCAGUCUGGAUAUGUUUGUGUCCUCAAUGGUGGAGCAGUGAGUUGGAAUAGUUCCAAACAAGGUACAACUGCUGAUUCCACCACCGAAGCCGAGUAUAUUGCUGCAUUUGAAGCUGCCAAAGAAGCUGUUGCUUUGUUAGAGUUCGUUAAAGAACUGGGUGUCAUUCCGAGUGCCAAUAGUGCAAUACCUUUGUAUUGUGACAACACUGGUGCUGUUGCGCAAGCAAAAGAACCCAGAGCCACGAACAGGAACAAACAUGUUCCCAGAACAUAUCAUCUGAUCAGAGAAAUAAUUGAAAGAGGCGACAUAAAAUUAGAAAGAGUACCCACUGAUGAUAAUUUGGUUGAUCCUUUCACCAAACCUUUAUGUAUAGCAAAACACAACAAGCAC